GGUGGUGCCGAACUGCCGACCGCAGCUGCCACUGCUGCUUGAACAGUUGAACCGCAUUUACAUUUAACCGCGCCGUAGAGUCGCGGCGUCGGAUAGAGUGAGCGACCGUACCCCGAGUGGGUGCGUGUGGGUGUGCGACGUGUGCGCGCGCGUGCAGCGUGUGCAUUAUACGCCGCGCCGCUUACGGUGGGUGGGGAGUAGGCGGGGAAUAGAGUAUAAAAAUAAGAGAGAGAGAAAAGAAAAAACACCACACACACAAGUACACAAUCCACCUCUCCCCGUUCAUUGAUUAAGAUUGACAUUCCGAUUCCGUUGAACGUCAAAAUACUUGUGCGAACCAUCACCACCGCCGUCGCUCGUCGUCGAAUUCGUUUGUUUGUUUGUUUGUUUGUUUGUAGUUUCGUACGUUCGUCGCGUCCGGUACACCCGCACUCCAUUGUUUUUAUCGUUCGUCGUCGUCGCAUGCACCCGCAUAUCGGCAGCACGACACCACCCCGUACGCGCGCACAGUGCAGUGCACACACGGUGCGGCCAAACAUCAGUCGCGUCCAUGACAAUAUCAACGCGAUCCGCGCGCACCAACAACGCCGCUGCUUCGUCUCAGUCUCAGUCAUUUUCCGUCGUACCGUAGGGAAACAAUUCUCGGCCACAUACGCCUGCCGCCCAGCACAGAGCCGUCGCCACUGAACCACCGCCGCCACCGAUUACCGUCGAGUCAGCCGCCGCCGUACUGCGCCGCCAUGGGACCGAAAAUCGUUUGCCUGGCGGUCAUCUGCGUUUUUCUCGUGCACAAUGUGCUUGCACAAUCUAAUAAAAAUGUUUCUUCCACUAAACCAGUAAAACCAUAUAAGGAGGAAUUAUUUAUUGAUGAUGAAUCUGAUAAUGCAGAUGAUGGUGAUACCGAUAAAUUAGAUGCUGAUGAUAUGAUGCUAGGUGAAGAAGGUAGUGGUAUGGGUCCCCCAUCAAAAGGAACCGGGGCUGAAGACAUGGAAUCUAGUGGUUCCGGUUAUGGGCCUGAUGAUGAGGAUGCACAAGUUAGUGGUAAAAACAAAGGUAAAGCAGGAGUUGAUACUGAGGAAGAUGAAGACGAUAUGGAUGAUGGUGAUGAUGAAGAUGAAGAUGACAAUGAAGAUUUUGAUACAGAUAAGUCACAAAAGGUGUUUACUCCUGUAACUACUGCAUCAACUACGACUACAACAGUUAAGAGUCCCGAUGAAGAAUCUAAUUUCCCUGAACAGCCUAAACAAGACAAUGAUGAUGUCAAUCUGGCACCUAGUGUACCUAGUGUACCUGAAGUACCUCAGACUACAUCUACGUCUACUCUUCCACCACCUCCUUCCAACGCUAUUGAUGAACAUUCUAGCAGUAAUGGAGUCUAUAUAAGUCCAAACAGCCAUCCUGAGCGAACAUCUUCAUUUUUCGCACAACCUGGCAUACUUGCAGCUGUUAUUGGAGGUGCCGUUGUGGGAUUGUUGUGCGCGAUUUUAGUAGUUAUGUUCAUUGUAUACAGGAUGCGUAAAAAGGACGAGGGUUCUUAUCCCUUAGAAGAAACUAAACGUUCACCAGCUACAAAUCCAUACCUAAAAUCUUCACAUCGCGAAUUUUAUGCAUGAGUACAUUCGUAAAUUUGUUUUUACUCGAGCCUAUGAACAUAGUAUACGUUAUAAUAAUAAUAUUGUUUUAUCACCUCCUUCCCUGUAAGACCAUUCAACUAUUCCAAAGGCAGCUAUAUGACUUCUAGUCAAAAAUACAUUUAUUUAUAAAUAGAGUUUCAUUAUAAAUUAUCGAUCUUUUAAAUCACAAACAUAUUAUUUUAAUCUACCAUUACUCUCCUUAAGAAAUUGUACAAAAAAAAAUUUUAUUUUCUUAUAUUUUGAAUUAGUCAGAUUAUUAUUGUCACCUAUAGUGCAACUAAGUUAAGAUGAUCAGUCACGCAGUAAAUAGGAGCUUAUUUCAAACCCGCCGACCCGACAGUCGGAAAAUCGUCUACCGGUCAGAUGCUUCAUGUUACUGGGCCUGACCGAAACGAGCAUGACCAGGCAAUCAACAUAUUAGGCCACCUGGUCAUCUUAACUUGGUUGCACUAUACCUAUUUGUCUUCCGUAAUCCCCUUUUAAUGUUAAAUAUAUAUAAAAUGUUAAUAUUAAUUGGCUGGAUCUAUACCAAACUGGUGAUUUUUAAAUCAUAUCAUUGUCAUAUAGGUUUUUAAUGACAACCUCAGAGGCUGGCAUCCGUUUUUAAUUUAUGUAGAUUCUCAAAUAUAGAGAACAAGACUAAUAUUAAGAUCAUAAAAUGCCAAUUGAUUUAAAAACAUAAUAACCAGUUUGGUUUGGCCUGCUUUAUAUUAUUAAUUAAAAUGUACUGAUAAUUGCAAAUCAAUUUAAAUUAAAUUAUACUAUUAUUUGUUGAAAUUAAUUUUUGUUAAGUAUAAAUAUUAGGCAGUAUUAAGUGGAAUUAUAAUGGUUCAUUAAAUUAUAAGACCAAUAUUAAGAAGAAUAAAUUGAAGAUAAUAAAGAUUGUGUAGUCUUUAAUUUAAAGACUUAAAACACUGUAGAACCUUAGCCAACUUAAAUAUGUGCCAUCUUUUUGUUGGACCUCCCUUCUGUUCAUAUAUUUUGAAGUGUUUUCCAAUUUAAACACUUUGUACAUAAUAUUUAGGCAUAACAAAUUAUUAUUAUUUUUAUUAUUAUUAGUUAUUAUUUAUAGUUUUCCAAUAUUUUUUAUUUUAUAAUAAUUAUUAUUUAGUCUAGCAUGAAACUAAUUGAUAACAAUUAUACUUUUCCCUAUUGCGUUUUUUGUACAUUCGUAAUAGUACUGGUAUAACAAUAUAAACUUAUGCUGCCUAGAGAUAAUAAAAAAAAGAUAGCUAAACAUCUUCUUUAACUCGGUAAAUUAAUAUAUAUAAAUAUAUAUAUAUAUAACUCGUUUAUUAUUGAAAGAUAUUAAGUAUAAUAUUACUGUAAUUUUUUUAUUUAUUUAACCUACUCAUAACAAUUUUAUUAUUUAUAUAUUUGAUUAAGUUUUAUAACAACAUUUGUUUUAAGUAUUGAGCGUUUUGCAAUAAUGUUCAAACAUCAUCAAGCUCUGUACAAGAGUAUUAUUUUUACUUGUUUAUACCAUUUUAUGUAAACAUAAUAUAUACAAUAUAUUAUACUCGAUGAUUAUUCGUAAGAAGUUUUUAUUUGAUUUGUUUAUGUUUACAUUUUUACUCACGAGACUUGGGUCCUUGUAAAUCAAAAAUUUAUUUUAAAAUGUAUAUACCCCACUUCCACCACUUAGAAAAAAAAUACUCUUAAAUUCCUUAUUCACAUCUGACAAAAAUGUUGUAUUAUUUUUUUUUUUUAAUCUUGACUUCUUUGAAAAUAAUUCCAAUUUCCAGUAGUAUAAUUUAUGUAUUUAUUGUUUAUGUUCAAUAUGCGAAAUUAGAAAGUAUGAUCUACUCUCGGUAACUCAAAUUUAGAUAAAUUUAAAUUAUUGUUAUCUUAAAAAAAAACUAUAUAAAUUUAGGCUUGGCACUAUUCAACUUGCCUUUGAUGCUUAUGUUUUUCGUUUACUUGGAAAUCUUUCAAAUGGAUAUCAUUUGAACCUAAAGUUUCCUUGGGUCGAUUAUAUACAUAAAAUCCUUAAAAUGGCAAUAAACAAAACCACUAAAUUUGUAAACUUAUGAUAGUAUAAAAAAAAUGUACCAGUAUUUUUAUUUUUUUUCAAUUAUUGUAACAAUAGAUUGACCCUUACAUUUCAUCUUGUUAAAUUGUAUAACAUUUUUUGUUUGCCAUUUAUUUUGUUAAAGACACUUUUUGUCCAUUGAAAUUUUUCAGUAUUACCUAGACUAUAGUUAUAAAUAAUAUUUUUUAACCAUUU